AUGUCUAGUUCAAUAUUUUCGGAUGGUUCUUCAAAAAUAAAAACUUCAAUUCAACAUAUAAAUUCAUUAGAUGAAGC